AUGGUUGCUUCUUCACCCGACACGAAUAUGUUACUUGAACUUACCACGAACACCUUAUUUUUGCCCACAAAUACAAUCACAAACAGCAAUUCUUUCUUGCUCACAGCACCAAAAGCUCCGUUUUAUGGCUACUUGCUUUACUGUGAAGAAGCGAGGCUUUACUUCCUGGCGACGAAUCCUACAAUGACUGUGGAAGCACUGUCUCAAAUUAUUGAAGGAAAAUGGACGGUAUUGACGGAGAGAGAAAGGCAAGAUUAUUCUGAACGUGCUAAAGAGCUUAAUUGGCAAAAUCUCACUCAGGAUGAAAAAAACAUGUAUCAGGAAAUGGUCACAAAUAUACAAGAUUCUAACACUUCAUUCGAAAAUAUUAAACAAGAUAUUCUUUCACGAGAGGCACCCGAGCUCGAUGAUACUCGACCGUUAAAGAAAUCCCGUGUACUCUUUUUCAAAGAUGACGCGUCUUCAGUAUCAUCAUCGACAUCAUCAUUCGAACUGGACAGUCUUCCGAAAUUCUAUUUUUCUACUGAAAAUCCUAUUUUUUCGGAUGUUGAAUUUAUUGAACCGUCGCCGCCGCCGCCGUCUUCACCUUUAUCUUCAUCUUUAUUCAAUAUAUUCGAGCUAAAUACUUCAAGUAUCAUAACCACCGCAUCAACAGCAAAUAAUCUUGCAACAACACAAUCAUCAAUUAUGGGAGACAUCAAUCUCUUUGAACGUCAACAAGAAGACCAAUUCGUCGCUUUUCCAAAACCUCCUUCUCCCGCAUUUCUGCAUUUCUCAAAUUACAUCAGACCGCGAAUCACUGCACAGCAUCCCAACAAAACUUAUGGCGGUAUCAAUAAACUGAUUAAAGAUCAUUGGAAUUCAAUGUUAAAAGAAGAUCGAGAGCCAUGGGAGCAACAAGCGAAAGAAGACGAAAAAAGGUUUCAAAAAGAAAAUUUGUGUUUCUUGGCAACUCGUACACUUAAACAAGCUACGGAGACUGUUGAAGCUUUAUAUAAUCAAAAUAUCAAGAAAACUGGUGUUCCUGACAAAGAAAAUUCGAACCAAUCUGACGACAAAACCAAUAAUACCGUAACUUCUGCCACUUCCACAAAUACAAGUACAAAAUCUACGACUAAAGCGCAAAAAACAUCGCAAAAAUAUCCACCAAUUAAACUGCGUCCUAUUUUACCACGACCACUCCAAUCAUCAAAUAACAACAUCCAAGAAAAGAUUCCAACAACAAUCCCCACACCAUCACCAUCAAUCGCCGCUACGCAACCACCGCUCAAACCACACUCAAUUCAACCACAUUAUUUACUUUCACAACACCCAGACUUGAAAUUCGGACUACAAGUUCCCAUUCGGGCAAAGUCAGCCUAUCAACACUUUUAUACAAAGUUUGCUGAUAAUUUUACAGAAAUCUAUCCCGAUACUUCUAUCGAUCAGUUCCUAAAGACAAAAUGGAGCCGAUUGUCGUCGCUGGAUCGUGAACUUUGGGAGUCUAAGGCGAAGGAGGAUUACGAGAGAUUUCGACAUGAAAAAGAUGUUUAUUUGAAAAAUCAACAUAAAUGUUAUAUGAAUUCUCAGAAUGGUGUUUCGCUUGCGGAGUUUUUCAAGUCGUGA